AUGAUGGUCAUCGUCAAAGACAAGAGACGACAGACGGUAGACGAAAAGUUCGGAAAAAACUUCUAUCGAACAAUGUCAUUGGCUUCUGAAGAAGGCGAUCAUGUCAAACGUCAGGACGACAAAUGGUUUCAUCCGAAAUUCUUGCAAGUCUCAGGAGCACCAUAUUCGUGCACCAAUAUGCCGAGGUUAAAACGAGAGCAGAGUUUUAUUAAAAUAUUUGUUACGGACGUUUGGUAUGCCAACAGCAAAACUUGA